ACAUUAAAUUAAAAUAAGUUUAAUUACUCGGUGAUAGAUAUAAACGGUGUGAAUAAUAAAAUAAAAUUUUAUUAAAUUUAUAUUGUAAUAAUAUACAUUGCGAGGAUAUAAUGGCCUCUUAUAUUAAGAAUAUGUCUUUAUUCUUUUUUACGAAAAAAUGUAUAAAAAUAUAUUUCGACGAUCUGAAUUUUCUACACGUUGAAUGUUUCAAGGAAACACUGAGUAAAAUUUUAGGACUUGGCAUCAUCGCUGGAUCCUUAUUGGUGAAAGUGCCACAAAUUAUUAAAAUUUUUAAAAAUAAAGAUAGCAAAGGUAUCAAUAUCUUUAGCGUAUUGUUAGAUUUAUUUGCUAUCACUGCUAUGACAUCCUAUAGUUUUGCGAGUGGUUUUCCAUUUAGCUCAUGGGGAGAUGGAGUAUCGUUAGGUAUACAGACACUAAUAAUUGCAUUAUUGGUUUUUCACUUUAAUGGCGAUACUGCAACAGCAACGGCCUUUCUGGCAGGUUAUAUAUCUAUACUUAGCGCUGUUGUAACUGGUUUAACACCAAUUAAUUUACUUUGGACCUGUCAAGCAAUGAAUAUACCUAUUGUUCUUAUUAGCAAGUUUAUACAAGCUUAUACAAAUUAUUCUAAUGGAAGUACCGGCCAAUUAUCUGCAAUAACAGGUUUUAUGCUUUUCUUUGGUUCAUUGGCAAGAAUAUUUACUUCUAUUCAAGAAACUGGAGAUAUAACUAUGAUAGUUAUGUAUUCGUGUUCAACUUUUGCGAAUGCCAUUUUAGCUGCACAAAUUCUUUAUUAUUGGAAUGUUGAAACUGUAGAUUCUAAGAAAAAAGAUAAAACUAAAAAAAAGGAAUAAAAGAAAGUUAUCAGUAUAAUAAGAUAUAAGAUCUAAUGGGGAUGGCAAUAUAUUUCAUAUUACUUAUGUUUAUACAAAUUUAUCUGUUAUUACAUUAAUACAAGUUAAUUCCAUUUUA